GCAGUUCCCGGGAGCAUGGAGGGGCUUCAGAGCUCCACCCAAGGUCCCUUGGUGCUGCUGGUGCUGCUGCUAGGCCCAGCUUGGCACACGGCCGCUCACCGCUGCCCACAGACCUGCAUCUGUGACAACUCCAGGAGGCACGUUGCCUGCCGGCGCCAGAACCUCACGGAGGUGCCCAGUACCAUCCCUGAGCUGACCCAGAGGCUGGACCUCCAGGGCAACAUGCUGAAGGUGAUUCCUCCAGCUGCCUUCCAGGACCUGCCUCACCUCACGCACCUGGACCUGCGGCACUGCGGGGUGGAGCUGGUGGCCGAAGGCGCCUUCCGGGGCCUGGGCCGCCUGCUCCUCCUCAACCUGGCCUCCAACCGCCUGAGCUCGCUGCCCCAGGAAGCCCUGGACGGGCUGGGCUCGCUGAGGCGGCUGGAGCUGGAGGGAAACCUGCUGGAGGAGCUGCGGCCGGGGACGUUCGGGGCCCUGGGCGCGCUGGCCACGCUCAACCUGGCCCACAACGCCCUGGUCUACCUGCCCGCCAUGGCCUUCCAGGGGCUGCUGCGCAUGCGCUGGCUGCGGCUGUCGCACAACGCGCUGAGCGUGCUGGCGCCCGAGGCCCUGGCCGGCCUGCCCGCCCUGCGCCGCCUCGGCCUGCACCACAACGAGCUGCAGGCGCUGCCCGGGGCCGCCCUGUCCCAGGCCCGCAGCCUGGCUCGGCUAGAGCUGGGCCACAACCCGCUCACCUACACGGGCGAGGAGGACGGGCUGGCCCUGCCCGGCCUGCGGGAGCUGAGGUUGGAUCACGGGGCCCUGCAGGCGCUGGGGCCCCGGGCCUUCGCCCACUGCCCGCGCCUGCACACCCUGGACCUCCGAGGGAACCAGCUGGACACGCUGCCCCCGCUGCAGGGCCCGGGCCAGCUGCGCCGCCUGCGGCUGCAGGGCAACCCGCUGUGGUGCGGCUGCCAGGCGCGGCCGCUGCUGGAGUGGCUGGCGCGCGCGCGCGUGCGCGCGGACGGCGCGUGCCGCGGGCCCCGGCGGCUGCGGGCCGAGGCCCUGGACGCCCUGCGGCCCUCGGACCUGCGCUGCCCGGGAGAGGCGGCGUGGGAGGCCGCGGAGGACGACGAGGACGAGGACCUGGCGGCGGCGGCACCCCGAGGCCCCCCGCGCCCCCCGACGCAGGAGGAGGCCUCCUCCGCCACGCCGUGCCCCGACGUCUGCGCAUGCGCCUCCGAGUCCCGCCACGCCGGCUGCGCGGGCCGCGGGCUGCGCGCCGUGCCCCGAGGCUUCCCCGACGGCACUGAGCUCCUGGACCUGCGGCGGAACCACUUCCCCUUGGUGCCCCGCGCCGCCUUCCCGGGCCUGCACCACCUGCUGUCGCUGCACCUGCAGCACUGCGGCGUGGCCGAGCUGCAGGCCGGGGCUUUGGCGGGCCUCGAUCGCCUGCUCUACCUCUACCUCUCCGACAACCAGCUCUCGGGGCUUAGCGCGGCGGCCCUCGAAGGGGCCCCGCGCCUCGGCUACCUGUACUUGGAGCGCAAUCGCUUCCAGCAGGUGCCAGGGGCCGCCCUGAGCGCCCUGCCCAGCCUCUUCUCCCUGCACCUGCAGGACAACGUGGUGGACCGCCUCGCCCCUGGAGACCUGGCCGCGGCUCGAGCCCUGCGCUGGCUCCACCUGAGUGGAAAUCGCAUCACCCAGGUGGCUCCUGGGGCGCUAGGGCCGGCUCGGGAGCUGGAGAAGCUGUAUCUCGAUGGGAACCAGCUGCGAGAGGUGCCCACUCGGGCCUUGGAGGGGCUGCCUGCCCUCCUGGAGCUGCAGCUGUCAGGGAACCCACUCAGGGCCCUGCAAGAUGGUGCCUUCGAGCCUCUGGGCAGGUCCCUGCAGCACCUCUUUCUGAACAGCAGUGGCCUGGAGCAGAUAUCUCCAAGGGCCUUCUCCGGCCUGGGUCCAGGGCUCCAGAGCCUGUACCUGCAGAAGAACCAACUUCGAGUCCUGCCUGCCCUGCCCAAUCUCAGCCAGCUGGAGCUCAUUGACCUCAGCGGAAAUCCCCUCCAUUGCGACUGCCAGCUGCUCCCCCUGCACAGGUGGCUCACUGGGCUGAACCUGCGCGUAGGGGCUACUUGUGCCGCUCCACCCAGUGUUCGUGGCCAGAGGGUGAAGGCUGCAGCCGCUGUCUUUGAAGCCUGCCCAGGCUGGACUGCCAGGAAGGCCAAGCGGACACCAGCCUCCAGAUCCAGUGCCAGGAGAACCGGCAUCAAGAGAAGACACUGAAGUGCAGACAAGGU